ACACUUCUGCUUACUUUAUCUAGAGCCUACAACCAGAUACACAACAGUAUCUAACAAUGCAGCAACUCAACUCAUCAAACAGCUCUCUCAGCUCUCCUGUCUCAACUGUAAACCUGAUUGCCAGUAGUGUACUAGCAGUUUGCUUCAUACUGGGAGUUCCUGGGAACAUAGCAGUAAUGAUACGUCUUGCUGGAUGGCUGAAGGGAGGCAGCUUCACUCCGAGACUGAUGCUAAGCCUGGCCAUAUCAGACCUGCUCACUCUGCUUUCUCUGCCGGUUUGGAUUUGGUCUCUUCUGCAUGGUUGGGUUUUUGACUUGUUCCUGUGUAAGCUUCUCUCCUACUUGGUGUACUUCAGCCUUUACUGUAGCAUACUAUGUGUGAUGUUGAUGAGUAUACAGCGAUACAUACAAGUGCUACAUCCUCAGAAAUGGAACAAGCUUGGCAGUAAAGGAAAGAAGAUCCUCUUGAGUGGGAUGUGGAUUUUAGGUGGAGUAUUAUCAUCCUAUGCUCUUGUACAGCGCUCGCUAUGUUUGGACAGGAAAGGACUGCUUCAAUGCAAGAAAUGCUUUCAGAAUGAUGCUGAAAGAGUGGCUACUUUAUUCUGGGAGAUUAUAACAUUUGUGGUUUCGUUCCCCAUUCUGACUUACUUCUACUUUCAGCUUUACAGGGGAGUUAAUAACUCAGGUUUCUUUAGCAGUAACUUAAUGACAAAGCUGGUGACCAGAAUUGUGGCAUGUUUCUUUAUUUUUUGGAUUCCAUUUCACAUCAACAACACUGUGCUCAUCACUGCUGUGUUGCUUGGGAAUGGCAGUCUGUUAAAAUCUGCAGAAGCUGGAGAUAAUAUCACUGCAGCUCUGACUUUCAUUAAUAGUUGUGUGAACCCCUUUCUGUACGCUUUCUCUGCUCGGGCUCUACGUCAGUUCACACCUGGAACAGAAACUACUUCAUGAUGUAGAGGUUUGAGAGAGUUUAUGGAUUUUCCCUGAAAGCCAGUGAUUUGUUAAAGCUUAUGCAUAUGGACCUAAACCCACUUCUACCUACUCCUACAAUCUGUUUUUCAUUGUCUUUUUUGUAUCUCUUAAUCAAGUAAUUUGUUUGCAGAUUGAAUGAAGGAAAUGAAACGAAGGAACAAGUCAUACUGCGACUUGACGAUAUCUCUCAUGACGAAAGCAGUUCAUCAGAUGAUUUCUCUUAAUAUCCAUGGUUUAUAAGGAACAUGUUUUUAAGAAGUGAAUGGUCUAUAAUAUCCAGAAAUUGUGUGGUGCAGGUUAUUUCUUGUAGGAACGCCUUUUCUUGCAUGAAAACCACAGAAUAUCGCUUUUCUAGUCACCUGUAAAAUAAAAGAAGAAAAAUACCCUUUUGAGUGCAGUAUCCCCAACCCACAUCCAAUUUUUGUUUCUUUUUGUAACAUUAAACUGUUUUUUUAAAACCUGGUUUUCACCUCAAAGUGGUCUUAAUCUUACUUCAAAGUAAAUAAUGAUGUCCUUAGACUAUAAUCUAGGAAGAUGAGAGAUUUUAAGUUUUAAGUCAACUGAUUUGUUAAUAUACUGAUAUUAUAAAUGUAUAAUAAACGUGAUUUGUAUGAAAGUAUGUAAUGUUAUUUGUGAUACAAUUGAGAAACAAUGAUAAACAAAUCUACCUUAUUUCUUUCCUUUAUCAUUUUGCCCUUACUUUGUUGCUUCUUCUGUUUAUU